AUGGCCAUGAUACGGGCGUUGAUCAGGCGGCGACUUGGGGAAGAUACCCAGUAUUGCGGGGCUCUAUCAGAGUAUGAACUUGACUAUCUAGCCAUCCAACUAGUGGAGACCAAAUGCUGCACGCUUGUAUCCCUUGAAAAGAACUCCAAAUCACUGCAGCAGGUUUUAUCAUGGAGAGUUGAUAUUACGAAACAUGGCAAGGAAAUUAUCUACCCCUUCGAUUUUCCGGGCACUGUUGAGUUUGAUGUCGCAUUUUCCAACCACAAAGUGCUGAGUCGUACCAGAGAGACCGAGUAUCUGGAGAAUAAAGUCGGAGAAGCUCCGGACAGGGAGGCUCAGAAAGUUAUGUCGGUUCGGAGGCGGUUGGGAGAUCUCUGCGAAUGGGAGACAAAGGCAUUUAAGCCAGCGCUGAUGUUAGUUCGCUCUAUUGAGUAUUUUCUUGAUGAGUUUGCGCCAGAUGGAUUGUCCGGUGAGGAUACAAUUACCUGGAAAAUUCCUUUUAAAAGCUCAAGUGAUAAGUCUGGGGUUGUGGAGUUGAAUAUUAUCAGGGCGACCAAGGCGUACACAGGACGGAACAUCAAUGCUGGCCAAGUUGGGGCAAUUCUAUCAAUCUGGAUGGCUAAUCUUGAGGCGAACAACACGACACAAUCCAAGAAAGACAGGGAUACAGAAUGGCAAAGAUCGGAGGCUGGUGUUGCCUUGGGAGUCGAGUACUGCAGAAUACUGGGACGCAAGUACGACAACGGUGUCCUACAGCGUGACAUCAACUGGUGGGUAGGUAAUCCAGGCAUAUCAGAAGUAGAAGUCGAAAAACAAGUUCCAGAGGCCAAGCCAAGUCCUCAACCCGGAACAAGCAGGACAACAAGCUUUCAGUUAAGAGGCUCAACUGUAACCAACAAAUCCAGUUCACAACUUUCGAGUUCCGAACAGAAAAAGUCUGUGAUUAUGCCAUACACCUACGACAGCUCAAAGCACAAAAACGUCAAGAUAGUGAUUGGCUACACUGGGCCCGCCGGUACUGAGGGAGCUCAGAAGCUUCUUGUACAGCAUUCUACAGCCGCCACGGUUACCAUUGCGAUGCAGCAUCUCUUCAUUCAUUUUAUGUGGACAAUCGUUGAUCGUUUACCAAAGAACUUCCUUGAUCAAGGUUCAGUGAAUGUCCACGAAGCUGUUAGUGUUCAACCACCGAGAAAGUUGGAUCUAUCAUCAAACAAGUCCGGAAUAGGUCGAAAACUGAGCCAUAAAAAGCUCAAAAAGUUUGUCCUUCAUGCCGAGAAAGAAGACCUCGGGACGUUUGACGAUGUUCUUCUCUGUAUUAUACCUGGUUUGAGUAUCAAAGACCGUUUGCCAAACGACGCAACCUUUCGGUUCGACCUACCUAGGUUAACAGAGCGAAAAGGAUAG